AGUACAGACUCUUCGAACCAGCCAACAAUCAGUUCAUCCUCAAAUUAAGAAGCUAGGAGAUUAAUGCACUUCCUCUCUGUACUUUAGGAUGGAGAAGAUGGCAGUGUUGCUUCUGGCCAUAUCUGGCCUCCAUGCCAUGUCGCUUGGCCCAAUCCGGUCUCAGAAAGCUGUACCAGUGGAGGAACGCAGACAGGGAACCCAGCCCUCCCGGCGUCACCUGGUCGACCUCCGGACCGGGCUGGUCCAGGACCACAUCAGCCAGAUGCAGAGGAGAAUCAGGGACUUCUAUGUCCCUCCCACCACGGACCAAUUCAGACAAGGCACCCAGAAUUCCCAAGCCACCCUGGUGGACCUAAAUACAGGCUUAGUCAUAAAUCCCACUGGAGAGAUGAAGAGAACGUAUGGAUAUGUGUAUGUCCCUCCCUCGUUGGACAAGUUCAGGCAAGGUACCCAGAUCUCACAGGCCAUCUUGGUGCACCCAAUGACCGGUGAAACACAAGAUCUGGCUGGGGAGAUGCAGAGAGGCUACUGGCUAAAUGACAAGUCUAGGCAGCAACCACAGGCUGCAGCAUCAGAACCUGCCUGCAAUGGUGAGGUCAUCAGCGGCAAGUGUUACCUCUUCUUCUCCAGUCCCCAGACAUUCAGCGAGGCGGAGGCCAUAUGCCAGUCCGUAUCCUCGACUGGCCACCUGGCCUCCGUGACGAGUCCCCAGCUGCAUUCCCGGCUCGCCUCCAUGGUGACAGAGGCCAACAAGGGUCCCACCCUCACCUGGCUGGGAGGAGUCGUUCAGGCUGACUCUCAACAAUGGACAGAUGGCUCUUCCUGGACAUACAGUGACUGGAUGCCAGGUCAGCCCAAAGCAGAGAAGGACCAGAAGCAGUGCCUAGAGAUGUUCAAAAUCGGUGAGAGAUGGUGGAGCACAGCGAACUGUAGCUCCAAAAGAGCCUUCAUCUGCUCCUAUCCUGCUGCAGCAUGAGUGACGGAUAGCCUCUCCCUCAACAGUCUCUUCAUAAAAUGUCAAAUCAUGUUAUAUGCCAAUUAAAGUACU